AUGAAAGUCAAAUAUGUUGAUAUUCAUGCUACUACUCCAUUAAAUACGUGUAAUGUAAUGUCAGUAGCACCGAUUCGAGAACUCAAUGGUGACAUCAUUAUAUGGCGUCCGUUCUUCCAAAGUCUUCGACAAUCUGUUUUGGACUAUCUCACCACACGCCAGUAUGAAGUAAAGGAUGAUUUUACGUUUCCUUACACGCCUCAAACUCCGACGUCUGAUGGAUUCAAUAAUUUAUUGAUCUUAUACCACGAAUCUUUUGAUUAUCAGCAUCAUCAUGAUGAGAAAACGAUGGGACUUGCCAAUAUUAUCCCUAUUCCAAAUAAACACAAAGGUGAAAUGGGUGAGAUCACUCUCAUUCGAAUGCAAACCGAUCGUUCAAUCACGAACUUUCUCGAACGAGAUGCCAUUGAAUAUUUACUACCAUUGAUAAGAGCAGCGAUGGUCUCUCAUCCAGCAUGGUUCGUUAAACUAUCUGCACAGUCAAGUAAACAUGAUUUUAGUAUCAAAAGUGUUCAAACGGCUGAAGAUGUUCUAAAUGUAAUCACAAAUAGUCCAACUCUGUACAAAGUCGAGUGGCAACAUCGAAAUAAACCUACUUACAUCAUCCUCAAACCAUGGAACUCAUCGAUCACCAAACAGAAUGAGUUUCGAUUAUUCAUAUGGUUAAAUAAAGUCACGGCUGCUACACAACAACAUUGGUAUGCAGAAUUAGAUCACUCACAAGAAUAUAUUGAUACAGUUGUGAAUACUAUUAACAACUAUGAACAUUCACCUAAACUUCCAUCAAUUUGUGUUCUUGACGUUGUUAUACUAGAAGAUGGGACAAUGAUUAUUAUUGAACUGAAUCCAUGGAUCUCCUCUGGUGGUGGUCUGUUUGACUAUACAAUGGACUAUAAAGUACUAUAUGGUCUUGAAGGUGAUGCAGAAUUGAGACUUGCUAAAACCACAAUAACAUAA